GCCGGCUCGUGAUUGGCGGGAGGGCGCCUUCUCCUUUCUGAUUGGCCGGGGGCGGCCGGUGGGCGGGGCCAAGGGACGGCGGCGGGAAUUGCGACGGCGGCGGGGCCGGGCGCGAGCGGGGCCCUGAGGGUUUUGCUGCGGAUUGUCAUGACUCCGGGUGUCUUCCCCUGAUUCGCCGGGCCGAAGCGGGAGAUGGCGACGGAAGCCAAGUACAGCAUCGUCCGAGAAGUGGGCCGAGGGAGCUACGGGGUGGUUUAUGAGGCUGUCCUUAAUAAGACCCGAAGCAAAGUGGCCGUGAAAAGGAUGCACUGCGACGUGCCCGAGAACGUGGAGCUGGCUUUGCAGGAGUUCUGGGCCCUGCAAAGCAUCCAGAGGCAACACGAAAACGUGAUCCAGCUGGAGGAGUGCGUCCUGCAGAACGGCCAGGCCUUCCAGCCCAUCAGCCACCGCUUCAGGAAGUCCGACAGCCACCUGCUGCUGAUCGAGACCUGCCUGAAGGGCCGCAGGUGCAUGGAUCCCAAGGCCGCCUGCUUCCUCUGGUUCGUCAUGGAGUUCUGCGACGGCGGCAACAUGAACGAGUACCUGCUGUCCCGCAGCCCCGACGCCCAGCUCAACAACAGCUUCAUGCGGCAGCUCAGCAGCGCCGUGGCGUUCCUCCACAGGAACCAGAUCGUGCACAGGGACCUGAAGGCCGACAAUAUUUUGAUCUCCCACAAGCGUGGCAGCCCCAUAGUGAAGGUGGCAGAUUUUGGCCUCAGCAAGGUGUGUCAGGGGAAGGGGAACGUGAACCAGCACCGCUUCUCCUCCGCCUGCGGCUCCAACUUCUACAUGGCUCCGGAAGUGUGGGAAGGGCACUACACGGCCAAGGCUGACAUCUUUGCCCUCGGGAUCAUUUUCUGGGCUAUGGUCGAGCGGAUCACCUUCCGGGACGGGGACACCGAGAAGGAGCUGCUCGGAACUUACAUCUGCCAGGGCAAGGAGCUUAUUCCUCUGGGCGAGGCGCUGCUGGAGAACCCCAACAUGAAGCUGCAAAUCCCCCUGAAGAACAAGAAGUCCAUGCCGGCCGAUCUCUGCGAGCUCCUGCACGACAUGCUGGCUUUUAACCCCAAGGAAAGGCUGGAUGCCUUCCAGCUGGAAGCCCGCAUCAGGCAAAUCUCCUACGGCAAGAAGCGCCAGCGCUCGCUCUCGUAGACCAAGGGCGCUCAGGCGCUGUGUCCCACCACGGUCUGGAGGCCUCGCGGAUGGUGAACGACUGAUUUCUUUCGCGAGGAGCGGCUGGAUCAGGAAAGAACGAGACACAAACCUUGCAGGCUUCCAGUUUUCCCAAACGGUUGUAUUUAAAUGGACGAUAACUUUAUUUAUUUGUACAGUAAUUUUAAGAGAACUACAAAUAUUUUAUUUUUGUGCAACCCCCCCCGUGCUUUUUGUACUUGUGUUCUUCUACGCAGCGAGCAGGUAGGUCAAAGCUUGGCUGGAACGCCUUGAACUGUUCGGCACGGCCGCGCAGGAGUUUCUGAACCUGCUUUCCGUUGCGUGUCCUUGGCAGGUGUUGUCUUUACCAGGUUUAAUUGGAGUUUUUUUUUUGUGUUAAUUCUUCGCUCCGUGUUGCCGGGUCACGUAACUAAGUGAUGGCUGCCGAGUGAGCUGGCAGAGCGUUCGGUGUCUGUUCUGCAAAGUUUUAACAGAAACAAAAAAUGUAUUUUCCUCCCAGUAGCUUUUGAAUAUUCUUGCUUAGAUUAACUAAAAUGCUUUCUUAAAAUAAAUACAAAGAAUGUUAAAGAUGC